UUCUUAUUUUUCAAUAGCACCAUCAAUCCCAUUCCCUCUCAAUCUCUCAUUAUAAACUCUCUCUCUCUCUCUAAGCUCACUAUCCCUAAGCAUGGCAGUCCAAGCGAUUCCCGAACUUCUGUUUUCGGGAACCCAAUUUCCCGGAAUGGAAUGUAUUACAAUCCCCGCCAUUGGAAGAUUGGAAGGAAAAGUUGCGGUGAUAACCGGCGGCGCCGGGGGCAUCGGAGAGGCGACCGUUCGCCUCUUCGCGGCCCACGGCGCCAUGGUGAUAAUCGCGGACGUGGACGACAGCCUCGGGAACUCGGUGGCGGAGUCGCUGCCAGCUCAGGCGACGUACGUCCAUUGCGACGUGAGCUCGGAGAAGGAAAUCGAAACCCUAAUAAACUGGACGGUUUCCAAAUACGGAAGGAUCGACAUCCUCUUCAACAACGCCGGCAUCCUCGGCGACCAAUCCAGGCACAAGAGCAUCCUCGAUUUCGACGCCGGCGAGUUCGACCGGAUCAUGACCGUCAACGUGAGGGGGGCCGCGCUCGGGAUGAAGCACGCCGCCCGCGCCAUGAUCCGUGGCGGGGGCGGGGGCUGCGUGAUCUCGACAGCGAGCGUGGCCGGGGUGAUGGGCGGGAUGGGCCCGCACUCGUACACGGCGUCGAAGCACGCGAUCGUGGGGCUGACGAAGAACGCGGCGUGCGAGCUGGGGCGGUACGGGAUCCGGGUGAACUGCAUCUCGCCGUUCGGGGUGGCGACGAGGAUGCUGGUGGAGGCGUGGCGGGAGGGGGGAGUAGGCGUGGGCGCCGUGACGGAGGAGGAAGUGGAGAAGAUGGAGGAGUUUGUGCGGUGUUUGGCCAACUUGAAAGGGGAGACGCUGAGGGCCAAGGAUGUGGCGGAGGCGGCGCUGUUUCUGGCUAGUGAUGAAUCCAGGUAUAUUAGUGGCCACAAUCUGGUGGUAGACGGCGGGGUUACCACGUCCAAGAAUUGUGUUGCUUUGUGACCGCCGAUUAAUAUACUCCCUCCGUCCCCAAAAUAA